CCGACAUCAAUAGUCUUCUGGUAAAACAAAUUUAACUGGAUUGCAGCCAUGUUCAAGUUCUUGCUGAUUGUGUUUGCUACUGGGCUGUCGCUAUGUCAUGGCGAAGUAGAUCCUGCGCUGUUUGUGAAAAACACAAAGAUAUGUCUGCGUGUGGAACCAUACGUUAAAACUCGCUCCUGCGGCGGAUCAACUAAAAUGCAAGAGUUUUGUGGUGACAUUAACCAAAUGACGCCGGACUACUUGGAUGACACUACAUGGACAACUCUUGGCUGUAAAAUGCAAUGGGGGAUCUUUUCUUCUGUGCCCAAUCCCCCAGCUUGGAUGAAAAAUAUUAGUUUUUGCAUGUCUUGGUCAUCAAAGUACGACUAUAAUAAUUGCAAUCGUGACCCAGUUAACUCUGGUGAGCGCUGCGCCUUUCUAAACGGUUAUUCAUAUCUAUAUACCGACUACACUGACCGUAGCUUUGGCACAUGCGAAUUGCAAUGGAUAAUUAUAAUACCUAACGACGCUCCAGCCUGGAUGAAAAAGAUACAGCUCUGCUUCAACUGGAGAGCAACCGGCGAUGCUAGUCAAUGUAAAGGUAGUGCAAAUAAUCAGUGUGUCGAAGCCAAUAAAUGGACGGCACCCUUUUAUGAUGGAACCAAUACAAAACCUGGCGGCUGCUUGAUGAGCUGGGGCUUAAAGUUGCCUAGUUAAAUCAAAGUAGAAAAUUCAGCUAUAUUUUACUUGUAAUUUUCAACUAAGU